GUAUCCGUGUCAGCAUAUACGUCAAAAUCAGCUGUCAGUCAAAAAAUUUGUUGUGAAAUAAAAAAUGGAUAACGAAAUAAGACAGGCUGUAUUAGAGUACUUAUUAGAUUCAUCUUCAAGUGAAGAAAGUACAUCUGCAUCAGAAUUGGAGGACAGAAUAAGCUCCAAUGACUCCUCUUCUGAUGAGGAUACGCAUGAAAAGGUUGCCAAUUUUAUGGAAACCAUUGAAAAAUACAGUGAAACUGAUUUUAAAUCUCACUUUAGAUUAGAUCGCUCAACUGCAGAGCAAUUAAUAGAAAGCUAUUCACAAACUGAUUUCUUCGCAACUUCUAAUCAUGGGGGUAAAAUGAAAAUUGAAGCCAGAGAAGAAAUUUAUUUUUAUGUAUGGUACGUCAGUAACACUUUGACAUUCAGGCAGUUGGGAAACCUGUUUGGAGUUGCAACAUCUACAGCGUGGUCUAUAGUUGGACGUGUUAGCAGCUGGCUAGUUUCCAAAGGUAGAGAGUUUAUAAAGUGGCCUCAAGGUGAUGCCGUUGAGCAAAACUGCCGAAAAUUUGAGGCCAAGAAAAGAAUACCGAGUGUAAUUGGAGCGAUAGAUUGCACCCACAUCGUAAUUUCUGCUCCCAAAAGCAAUAAAAAGUGCUAUUACGACCGUAAACAAAACUUUACUAUUGUGUUGCAGGCUGUUGUUGAUGCAGACAAGAAAUUCAUCGACAUAUGUUGUGGAGAACCUGGUUCGUUACAUGAUAGUAGAGUGCUCAAAAGAUCAACAUUAUACAAUCGAGUGCAAACCAAUUAUACUCAGCUAUUUCCAUCGAACACUUUUCUAUUAGGUGACUCGGCGUAUGCUUCUUCACACUGGAUAGUGCCUCCAUUUAAGGACUAUGGCCAAUUAAGUGACCAGCAAAAAGCGUUUAAUUUCAUUCACUCAUCAACCAGGAUGGUGAUUGAAAAUGCUUUUGGUUUGCUAAAAGGACGGUUCAGAAGAAUUAAUAAGUUCACUGAACAACGAAAUCUUAAUUCAGUCAAAAGAAUUGUUGUAAGCGCUUGCAUUUUACAUAAUUUGUGUAUUAUCAACGCUGAUACCAUUGUACUGGACCAAGAAGCAACACCCGAGGAAAGACAUUUAGAACAAAACUCGAAUCUUGAAAACAGUGCAUCUCGAAACCGUCGUGAAGCAUUAUUCUCAUAUCGGUGUCAACAAAAUAUUCUUUAAUUAAAAUUGCGUUUUAACUAUGGCAUUUGUUUUCUUUUUCAUUAAAUUACCUUAUCUAGAUGAGCUAAAACAAAAAAUCGAAAUUCUCCUCUAGGGAAUCUCAAAAAGUACCUAGCUACAUACUCUAUACAAAUUUGAAGCAAAUCGAUCCAACCGCUUAUGAUCUAGCUCG